AUUAUAUAAACAAAUCAAGUUCAUGUACAAUAUUAUCUAUUUAUUUUAAAAAAUUGAUUUGUUGAGGUUUCUGUAAAAAAUUGGGUAAACUUUCAGGUAAAAAAAUGGUACUGACAGUGAAAUCUAAUCGUAUCUAAGUAAAUAUGGGUUAUCUACGCUUCAUACGAAAUUAGAAUAUAACAUCUAAUUAAUGGAAAAUAUUGUUUUCAUAUGAUCUUUUAAAAUAAUGAAAAUUAAAUGUAUUUUAUAUUAGAAGAGGAAUUUACAAUAAAUACAUUGGUCGGUAUUCAUAUCACAAUUAAAAAUGUUUAGAACCGCAGGUUAAUCUUGUUCAUUACAGGUGCUGCAGGUGGUUGCAGGUAAAACAACUCUGUGCUGUCUAGCGUUAUUUUGCCAAUGUAUUUUGCUCAAUUUUACUUUUUGUUGGACAACUUUCCUGAACAAAAACCUGUAUGGAAAAAGAAAAGGAGGGGGCUGUAAGUUCCUCAUUUUGGGUUGGUUUACUGUGUUGCACAACUGCUGAGUUGAAUUAUUUCUUAAAGUGUAUGUAAAAAUAAAAAACUGAUAUGCCCAAAGUUUUACGAACAAGUGUCGAAAAAAAUGUUAACUCCUUUUAUUCUGAAUGGCGAUAAAUAAACAAUGUAACCGUUACGUGGUAUUUAAAAACAUUAUUAUAAAAAAGUGCAGAACAUGGCAUUUUUAUGCCCAGUUAGGAUUCGCCGUGGAAAAAAGAAGAAACUCAGUUCAGAGGGAGAAAAGGAUCUAACAAGAACUGGGUCUGGCCUUGCUCCUGGGAUGGGAAGAAUAACUGGGUCUGCCAGUAUAGAAACGCUGGUAAGAGUAGGAAUAGAAAAGGAACAUGGUCUAUCUCCAGAUAGUAAAAUGGUAGUGCUUCAUGACUUCACACCUUGUGUUGAUGAUGAACUCGAAGUAAAAAGAGGUCAAGUGGUAAAUAUUCUUUAUCGAGAAAAUGACUGGGUUUAUGUAAUUGCUGUAGACUCUAGGCAGGAAGGUUUCAUUCCUCAUUCAUACUGUACACCCUACAACAGUCACCUUGCUGAUUUAGCUAUUAAGAAAAAGUUACCACGGAAUUGCCAGGCAGUUUCGGCCGAUCAGCAUGAUUCUACUCCUGAUAGUGAAGUUAUUUUAGCUGAAAGUGAUAACGAUUCUGUGGAAAAGAAGAGAAAUGUGGCUAGUUCGCCUAUUAGCAUACAUUCUGAACCUGACAUGUUGCCAUUUGCUAAAGACCCUUCAGGUCGCUUUAUAGUACUUUAUACUUUUAUUGCUAGAGAUGAGAAUGAUGUAUCUGUAGAGCGUGGUGAAUUUGUUACUGUUUUAAAUAGAGAAGACCCAGACUGGUACUGGAUAAUUAGGAGUGAUGGACAAGAGGGUUUUAUUCCUUCAGGAUUUGUGUAUCCAGCAGAUAACGUAAUCAGAGGAUGUAAUGCAAAUGCAGCAGCAGCUCAAAAUGCAAAUGGAUCCUAUUCAAUGCAGAACACUUCAAAUGCAGAUGAUCUGCGUUAUCAUGGUACAGAAUUGGUCAUGUUAUAUGAUUAUAAAGCUCAAGCACCAGACGACCUAUCAGUUAAAAGAGGAGAUUGGAUUUAUGCUGAUUUAUCUAAUCAGACUGUUGAUGGAUGGCUCUGGGCGUAUGCUCCCAAGACAAGGAAAUAUGGUUUCAUACCAAAAGCAUAUGCCAGACCACCUGCCAUGACAAGCCUUUAAAUUAACUCAAAAUAUAUAUGUAAAUUUUUUUAUAAAUUUCGCAAGUGUUUGUAUAUCUACAUAUAUUUAAAAAUAUAUAUUUAAAUGCAUUCUGAAUUUUUUAAUAAUUUCUGUUAUUGUUUAGAUGCAUAUGCCAAAUUUUAUUGGCAAUUGAUCACAGGAAGUUAAUUCUUGGAUCAAUUUUUGUUUGUAAUACUCCAGGAACUAACAGUUUAGAUUUUAAUUUUUCGGUUAUUAAUCAUACUCUAUGUUCUUACAAU